AUGCCGAUAGGAGUUGCUGUAUUGUCGGUCAUUUGGGUUGGGGUUGAAGCUUUGGUCAAAGCUUCGUUCAUUCGAGUGGCGAGUUUAGUGAGGAUUGAUGUUGUUGAAGGUUCAUUGGUUUGGUUGGAGGUGCUCAUUAUUUCGGGUAGGCCAGAAAUAGAGGAAUUAGGAUAUGGGAGUAUAAUGUUAAUCAACGGGAUGAAAUUCGACGAGCUUACAUUAAAGCUGAUCACUGAUCAUCUAUGUCAAGAAUUGCAAUCAAAAUCUCAAGACAUUUUAAGUGCUAUGCAUCUUGUUUCGUCAACUAAAGCAUAUAUCCAACAAUAUAAAGAUGAUAAAUGGGAUGAUUUAUUUACCAAUAUGAAGUCAUUUUGCGAGAAACGCAAUAUAGAUGUCUCAGAUAUGAAUGCUCAUUCUCAAUUGCAAGAAUUAAAUCGCCGAUUUAGUGAGCAUGCGGUGGAUUUGCUUAUUUUUGGCUCGACUCUUGAUCCCCGAGCCGCACUUGAAUCUUUUAUAAUUGAUGAUAUUUGUCAGUUGGGAAACAAGUUUUAUCCGCAAGACUUUACUGAUCUCGAAAAGGAACAGUUGGAAAUAGAACUUAACCAUUAUAAACAUAAUGUAGUUCUACAUUCGAGUUUCCAAGCACUGUCAAAUAUUUAUGAAUUGUGCCAAUGGUUGGUUAGUACUGGAAAAUCAACUAUCUACCAACUUGUUUUUCGAGUAAUUGUACUUGUGCUUACUUUUCCAAUUUCUACCACAACUAUAGAACAAGCAUUUUCAGCCAUGGAUAUUGUCAAAACUAAGCUUCGCAACAAAAUUGAAGAUGAGUUUCUAACGGAUUCUUUAAUGGUGUACAUGGAAAGAGAAGUUGCUGCAACAAUUAACAUAGAUUCAAUCAUAAAUGAUUUUCGAGAUUCAAAAAAACGACGGGUUCCAUUUUGA